AUCAUGAUUCAACGGGCUCGCCCCCGCCCUUGAAAUGUACACCUCGUGGGUCAAGCGGAACGAGUCAGUUUCAAACACAUUCCCCCCGCUCGAUUUCUACCUCGCGUGGAUUUCACAAGAGAAACGAGUGCGCAAGGCAAGCCGAAGGUUUCAAGAGGUAUAUUUAUUAUUUGUAUCAACUACCCGUGAUAGGAGAGAAAACGCGGAUUAGGAGGGAAUUAUGGCUUCAUUGAGUGACGAUCGUUCGAAGGGGAUUUUAAACGGGGAUAUCUACCUGGACGAGAAAGCUGCGAACGGCAACAAGCUAUCAGACGAUGGCAACAAUGUAGCGAGCAGCGGCGACUGUGAGUCGUUCCGAAAGCCUGAGGCCGCCGGCCAGAUGAGAAAAAUCAAGAGUUGCAUCAGCUCCAACCUGCUGGUGAUCCUGACCGUGAUCGGGGUGAUCACCGGGGUGGCGAUCGGCCUGUCGGUGAGGAACCUCCACCUCAGCAGGGUCCAGAUCAUCUACUUCUCCUUCCCAGGGGAGCUGUUGCUGCGGCUGCUGAAGAUGAUCAUCAUCCCGCUGGUGGUGUGCAGCUUAGUGUCCGGAGCUGCCAGCCUCGACCCCCGAGCCCUGGGCAAGUUAGGAGGCUGGGCGAUGCUUUUCUUCUUCCUGACCACCCUUAUCGCCUCGGCGAUCGGAGUGACCAUGGCUUUUAUCGUCAAGCCCGGGGUCGGCGCUGACGCCAGCCCCGAUCUGCUGGGUUUGGAAGAUGCCCUGCCGGAGCCUAAAGAGAUCACAGACUCCUUUCUGGAUCUUAUAAGAAACAUCUUCCCCUCGAACCUUGUCUCAGCAGCUUUUGAAUCGUAUGCUACAACUUACAUCACAAUCUCUGAGAAUGGCACUGAUGAGUUUGGAAAUGUCACAGACAACGUGACGAAACUGUUAAAAAUUCCCAAAGGAAGCAGUGCAGAUGCUAUGAACAUCCUGGGGCUGGUUGUCUUCGCCAUCGUCUUUGGGAUUGCUCUGCGGAAACUGGGACCAGAGGGGGAGAACCUUAUCCAUUUCUUCAACUCCUUUAAUGAGGCCACUAUGGUCCUGGUCUCGUGGAUCAUGUGGUACGCUCCUUUUGGUAUCAUGUUCCUGGUUGCUGGCAAAAUCGUGGAGAUGGAAGAUGUCCUCAUGCUUUUUACCAGCCUCGGGAAAUAUAUCUGCUGCUGCAUAGUGGGGCACUUCAUUCAUGGCUUGGUCGUGCUGCCCAUCAUCUACUUUGCCUUCACUCGUAAAAAUCCUUACAGCUUCCUAUGGGGCAUCUUCACAGCUCUGGCCACAGCGUUUGGAACUUCAUCCAGUUCUGCCACACUGCCCCUCAUGAUGAAAUGUGUGGAGGAGAAUAACGGUGUCAGUAAGCAAAUCAGUCGCUUUAUUCUGCCCAUCGGUGCCACAGUGAACAUGGACGGUGCUGCCCUCUUCCAGUGUGUUGCUGCUGUGUUCAUUGCCCAGCUCAACAAUGUCUCGCUCAACUUUGUCCAGGUCAUCGCCAUAUUAGUGACAGCCACUGCCUCGAGUGUUGGCGCUGCUGGCAUCCCUGCAGGAGGUAUCCUGACGCUUGCCAUCAUCUUGGAAGCUGUGGGGCUGCCCACAAAAGAAAUAUCACUAGUGCUAGCUGUUGAUUGGCUGGUAGAUCGCACCUGCACCGUCCUCAAUGUGGAAGGUGAUGCUUUUGGAGCUGGGCUCCUCCAGUCUUUCUCUGACAGGCAGAAAUCUGGCCAGCAAGUGGAGGAGCUCACUGAGGUAAAAAUAGAAGAGGCGAUCCAGGAAAAAUCCGAAGAAGAAGGAUUGCCCCUCAUGAAGAAAGACGCAAGGGAGCCCUUGAGAAAGGAGAGCAGCUCUUUGGAGAAGGAAUCGGUGAUGUGAGGCCUAGCUCCGUGGAUCGGAGCAUCCACCUGGACAAAUACCUUGGAACCUCCUCCACAUCUGUUCAGAAAAUUAAGAAACUCUACAACCUGUAACCCCUCUCCCUCCCCCGUCAAACUAUGAGGAAAUUGUGAAGAGUGUGAUUGGGGUGAAAUGAGGUUUUCUUUUGCUUUUGAGAAGCCGAUGACCACACGAGGCAUUAUUUUCUCCUUGACCACCUGUCAAUGCUGCCUACCCAUCCUCAGGGUCUAGAAAUUAUACAAGCCUGAGGCUGGUGAUUUAUGGGUUCCAAAGUUUCACCAAUCAGCUGCUAGUGAUUCUGAGAAAAGCCUCCUCCUUGUUGACAUCUUUGGACUGGUUUUGACCUUCGUCUCCAAAGCAAAAAAAAUCGAGAAACCAACAGUGUAUUAAGAGUGGCAUGUGGGCCCACUGAAUAUUGACACUGCCUUUGGCAGGAGUGCCAUUUCUGGUCUAAAUUUUACACCCCUUCCAGCUGUUCCUCUCUUGUUUGCAAUGCUGCAGCUGUGCUGUGGGUUAGCAUUAUCUGCAUGUUACAUGCCUGUGCCCCCCUUCUAGUUAGUAGGGCAAGUCGGGCAUGGGUGUGGGGUGAAGGGUACAUGCCCCAUCUUCCUCUGGCAGGGGUCUUUUUUGUUUUGCAUGUGGAGGGGAGGGGCGGGGGCGAGUGAAUGAGAAACAUACUUGCGUUUAUACAACAUCUUAGUAUCAGCAUCUUCUAAAGUCUCUCUCUGUCGUGUGGGUGGGUUUGUGUGCGCCAACGUCUUUACCAAUUGUACAGCUGAACGUCAUGAGUUGGGAGGGUGUAGGUUCAAGACCCCCCCGCCCUUGGGCCCAGCAUACAGGCUAACACUCCAGUGCCAGGACUUUGGGGAGUGCCAAGCUGCUUGAGGUGUCACUUUCUUUCCCACAUGUCAGUGUUUAAACUCCACUGUCCAACCAAGUUAGACGAAAGGUUCCAAGUCAAGACUUCAAAGAAAGGCCAUGGUGCAGAAGGACAGGGUUAUUCUUGCGACAAAAUCUUCAAAAACUAGUGAUUUGGUCAUUUACCGUCCUGACAGUUGUUGGAGUUUGCAUAACUUGGCUGCUGGAUUUUACAACAGGGAAUGAUACUCAAAAAGCCCUUCAUUGCCCAUGCAACACUCAAUGGGACAACCUGAGGAUGUGAGAAGUGCUAUAUAAAUGCAAGUUCUUUCUUUUCCUGGGUUUCCGUUCUUCCCUCUUUUUUUUAUUUCGCUCUGGGCUGGAGAGGGAUGAAGGCUGAUCCUAGAACAUCAUGUCCAUUUGGAGUCUAGUCCAGAGCAAUCCCUCUCCUUGAAAACUCGAUCACAGUUAUAGUGACAACAAAAGGUGUGCAGCACACAACAUUAACCAAGAGAUACAGGCUGGAGGGGGGCAAUGUAAAACUUGAAGACAAGUUGUUGAAUAGAUUGUGGCUGUCUGGUAAUGGUAUGUUUCUGAAAGUUUUCUUUUGUUUCAAAAAGUAAAAAUUAAAUCUUAAUAUAUGGACA